AUGACUCUUGUCGGCGAUGUGUCGAAAUUCUCCAACAUCGUCAACCUGAUCGCCUUCGAUCCAUUCAAGAACACUGAGUCUGCCUCGAGAACUGCAACUCGAUUUCCGAAGCAGAAUCUACCGCAAAAGAAGAAGAAGGUUAUCAUCGGUGUCAACGACGGAAAGCUGGCCAGCUCAUUGGCGGAGUCGUUCCUCGAAUUGAAAGCCGACCUUCGGAAAUCUCAUCACCGAGAUCCUCCGCGGCAUCCGUGUUCACUU